UGGAAACGAAGGAGAGACAGUUAUCUUAUCUUCUCUCCUCCUCCUCCUCCUCCUCCUCCUCCUCCUCCUCUUUUAUCAGAAAUAUGCAUCUUCCUCUUCUUCUUCUUCUCAUCACUUUGGAAAGGUUGGAUGGAGAGCGGCUGGGACUUAGCGAAGUUAUCCCUGAAAACUAUGACAGACUAGCGCCGCCGAAAGAAAACGGGAAGCCAACUUUUGUUUAUUUCCACGUCACAAUUAUGAGCAUAGACUCCAUCAGCGAAUCUGCUCCUGACCACAAUAACAACUUAGAGGUCUACACGGACAGCACUGUAGCAAGUUAUGACAUUGGAAACACACAGUCAUCGGGGACCUUCGUGGCGGACAUCUUCUUUGCUCAGUCAUGGAGGGACCACCGCCUUCUUCUUCCCUCCAAUAUGAAGAAGGAUUACAGGCUGUUGGAACUGGAGUGGCUUGACAAAUUUUGGCGCCCGGACAGUUUCUUCAAAAAUGCGAGAGAGGUCAAAUUUCAAACGAUGACUGUUCCUAAUCACUACGUCUGGUUGUACAAGAACUUCACUCUCCUGUAUAUGGUGAAGCUCACACUGACACUCACCUGCGCAAUGAAUUUUAUGCUGUAUCCUCACGACACCCAAGAAUGUAAGAUGCAGAUGGAGAGCCUCUCCCAUACCACAGACGACCUAGUAUUUGUGUGGGAUGAGAAAAUUCCACUGGCUGUUGAUGAUGCAAUUGAACUCCCACAGCAGAAUCUUGUUAGCAAUGAAACCUCAGAAUGCACUCAAAUGUAUACAACAGGUAAUUUUUCAUGUUUGGAAGUUGUAUUCAAAUUAAAGAGAAGAUUGGGGCAUUACUUGUUCCACACGUACAUCCCAACGUGCCUCAUUGUCAUCAUGUCGUGGGUCUCCUUCUGGAUUCGCCCAGAGAUAGCCCCUGCACGUGUCACCUUGGGCGUCACUUCUCUUCUAACGAUGUCUACUCAGCACGCCCGCUCCCAAGCUGCCCUGCCGCCCGUGUCUUAUAUAAAGGCUAUAGAUGUAUUUAUGUCAGCUUGCACCAUCUUCGUGUUUCUGGUAUUAAUGGAAUACGCAGUCAUCAGUGUGAUAAUGGGAGACGAAUCACACUUGCGCAAAUUGAAGAACUGCGCAAAGUACGGAAGCGCAAAGAUUAAUUUCACAACAGUCAAGCAAAGAAGGGCACAGGCCAUCAAGGUGGACAGACUGGCCAGGUAUAUCUUCCCAAUCACCUUUGCUGUUUUAAACUUCAUCUACUGGGCAACCUUCUGGGAGUACCUGUAGUAGUAGUAGUAGUAGUUGUUGUAGUAGUAGUAGUAGUAGUGUUUGGUUGCAGAAUUAAAUUACAACAACGAUUUUUUUCAAUUUCUUCAGUAUUAUUAUUUUUUUUUUCAUUUUGUAGCGUUUCUGAUUUUUUUCAUAAUUUUUCAUCAUUUCCCUCCAUUUCUUUCAGCAUUUCUCCAUUUUUUUUUCAAUAUUUUUCACAAUUUUUCCCCAUAUUCUCUUCAUCUCUUCUUAUUUUCUAGUAUAUAUGUGUCAUGAAAGUAGUAGUAGUAGUAGUAGUAGUAGUAGUGAUGGUGGUGGUGGUGGUGGUUGUAGUAGUAGUAGUAGUAGUAGUGGUGGUGGUGGUGGUGGUAGUAGUAGUAGUAGUAGUAGUAGUAGUAGUAGUAAUGCAUUUACACUUAUAAAUAAAAAAAAAGUAAUAUAUAUUUUUUUGUUGUGUUAAAAUUUGGUGUAUUUCUCUCUCUCUCUCUCUCUCUCUCUCUCUCUCUCUCUCUCUCUCUCUCUCUCUCUCUCUCUCUCUCUCUCUCUCUAAGUAUAGUAUGUAAUCAAUAAAACUCAUAAUUACAAAUAAUCUUUUUAUCACUGACAAACAUUAUCAAGAUUACAAUUAUCAUUAUUACUAUCAUUAUCAUUAUUACUGCUAUUAUCAUUAUUUUUACCGUUAUUAUCAAAGAUUGUACAGACAGACAGACAAACAGACAGACAGACAGACGAAAGAAAGAUAGAUAGAGGUGUGUGUCACUGUUGCCCACAUACCCACUACUGUCUGAAGGGGAACUCAUACUGAAGGCUGCCAAAACGAAAACAUAAACUUCAGGAUGACAAAAAAAUAAAAAUAAAUGUUGAUAUAAAUACAAGAUCAUCUCUGGCAGGAAUCAGAAAAGGAUGUAUCAAGAUUUCGGUCAGGUAAAAUAAUUGUGAUUGCUCUCGUAAUAAAAACUCAUCCCACAAAUAAAGGUACUUGGUCUAUUCUUAUUCGGAAGGAUCGUAUAUUGAUUAACGGUUGCUAUAAAGUUAACUGCUCCAGGAAUUGAAGAGGGAGCGAGAACGAGCGGUACAAGUCAUAAAUGAAUAAUAAUGAUAAAAACGAUAAUAUUUAAUCAAUGGAGUAAAAAAAACAAACAGCACAUCAACACACACACACACAAACACACACACACAUUGUCAUUUAUCUAUCUCAGUACCUAUCCCAUCACGAGUGCAUUGUGUUUAGUGGUAAAGCGAUAAUUAGAACCGCCAGGCUAGCAGGGUCACGUGACUCACCUA